CAUCGUAAUAGUGAGUUGCUUGUUCACUUCUUCGGGUAGCGAUUAAAAAAGAAUUCUGUUUUUUUUUUUGCUUCAAUGGAGUUGUAAAACCGUGUAAGAUUUUGUUUCCGAAUAUACAAUCAUAGAAGCAACUCAAAGGACGCUUCGCACCGUGAGUAGGCAUUAAACAAGGGUAGUGAUGAGAAGCAAGGUUACAAUCGAUAUUGCAACAGACCAAAUUGGCAAACACCUGUUGAGGCGUUCGUGUGAAGCACUUCAACAGACAACCAUUAUGGGCAUCCAGAUUCCCGGAAGUACAAACCAAUUUCAGGCAGAAGCCCUACCGGACAACAUUGACGCGGAUAAAUUCGAACAAAUGCGCGACGGAUGGACCCCGCUACACGUGGCGGCGAAGAAUGGUCACCUGGACGCCAUAACGCAGCUAUUUGCUCAAAACUGUGAUGCCAAUGCGACGUCGGAAUGCCAGGAUACAGCUCUCCAUGUGGCAGCUCAAAGUGGCCAAAAAGUGGCAGUUCUUGUACUGCUAGAAAAUGGCGCCAGAAUAAAUCCCAAGAACGACCGAGAUUGGACCCCUCUUCACUUCGCUACCGAGAAUGGUUACAUUGAAGUGGUGAAGCAACUGAUCGACUAUAAAGCCAACUUUAAUGUAGUUACAUCAGAGCGAUUGACUCCGCUUCAUAUGGCGGCUCGAAAGGGUCACAUGGAAGUAGUCGAACAUUUGUCGACAUUAUCUGAUACAAUCGAUAACACAGACGGUGAUGGAUGGACCCCGCUUCAUUUCGCAACCGAAUUUGGUUGUAUCGACACAGUUGAAAUACUACUAAAAAAAGGUGCCAACGUUAAUUCCGUCUCUAAAGCAGGAACAUCGCCUCUUCAUAUCGCAUCCUAUAAGGGUCAUUUUAAAUUAAUUGACAAGCUUAUUUCACACCAUGCAGAAGUUAAUUUCUCUGAUACUUGUGGACGAACUCCGUUAUAUUUUGCCGCGGAGAAUAAUAGGCUUAAUAUUGUGAAGAAGUUGAUUGACACCAAAGCUGAUAUAAAUAGUGCAACGAAAGAUGGAUUGACUCCGAUUCACGUCGUUGCGAACAACGGCCACUUGGAAAUUGUGGAGUAUCUCAUCUCGAAACUAGGGGUCAUGAACUACAAAACAUUACUCGGAUGGACUCCACUCCAUUUCGCAGCCAAAUCCGGAGUUCUCGAUAUUGUUAAAGAACUUGUUGCGAACAAUGCGGAUAUUAAUUCACUCACAGGUAAGGACCAAACCGCAGGCCAUAUCGCAGUCGAGUAUGGAAAUUUGAACGUUUUGAAGUAUUUGAUUUCCAAAAGUGUGCCAAUGAAUGCUGAAGAUGAUGAAAAAUUUACAUUAUUGCACUAUGCAGCUAGGAAUGGGUACAAUAUUAUCGUCGAGUGCCUCGUAAGAAGUAAUGCAAAUGUUAACUGUCAAAAUAUUGAUGGCUGCACCCCACUUCAUUUCGCUGUGCAAAAUAACCACUUGAAAGUUGUCGAGUUUCUGAUUGCAAGCAAAGCUGACAUUAACGCAGUUUCGAAUAAUAUGAUGACUCCACUUCACAUCGCAUCAAAAAAGGGAAGCGUGGAAAUGAUAAAUAUUCUGGUGAUAAAUGCGGCUCGGGUCAAUUGCAAAAAUAAUCUACUAUGGACCCCGACUCACUUCGCAGCAGCACAUGGACAUUUGGACAGUCUCAAAACAUUGGUUGCCAACGGAAUCAAUCUUGAAUUAUGUGACGUGAAAUGGCAGACCUCGUUGCACAUGGCGAUCAAAAACGGUCAAACAGAAGUUGUGAAAUACUUGAUCACAUUUCCAGCUCUUAUGGAUCGUAAGGAUAUCGGAGGAAUGACACUUCUCCACCUUGCCGCAGAAAACGAUAAUUGCGAGUUAGUCAAGUAUUUGAUAGAGGAAUGCGAAGUGAUGAGCUGUAAAAACGUUGAAGGAUGGACGCCUCUGCACUUGGCUGUGAAGAACGGUCAUUUGAACGUUAUACGACAACUAAUUAACUAUAAAGCAGAUUUGGAAGCGAAAACUAAAACCGGAGAUACACCUCUGCACAUAGCAGCCAAAUUCGGGAAAGUAGAAGCAGUCGAACUUUUAAUCGCACACUCUGCACUUAUCGAUAGCAUAAAUAACUACAACGAAUCUCCAUUACACAUCGCAGUAAUACAUAACCAAGUAUACACCGCUAUGGAACUAUCAGCAAGAUCUGUAGACUUGAAUGGUAUUUUAGAAAAUUGUGGAACCCUUUUGCACAUUGCUGCAAAAGAAGGUUCUACAGACAUUGUGAAAUGGUUGAUUUCAGCAGGUGCAAAUCAUUGUACAUUGUAUCUUAAAUGGACCCCAUUGCAGUAUGCAAUCUACAACAACCAUAUGGAUGUCGUGGAAGAAUUGCUUGCCAUCGAGACAAACCCGGAUUUUGUACAACUUGUUCACUUCGCUGGAAGCUAUAAACGAAAUGAAAUAGCUAAUUACUUGAACAAAAUAUCAGCGUAACUCAAAAAAUAAAAAAAAACAUAUUAUUACCGGUAAUUCGAACAUAUUUGUAACAAAGAAAAUUUUAAAUAAUCGACACUAACUGUUGAUGGGGAAAGAAACACCCUAGAAUAUGUCACAGUCAACGCUUUGGUGCGUAUGCCUAAAAUAUUAUUGGAAAGCUUUGGUUGAGCUUCGGCUAGAAAAUUAAUCCACAUGUCGAGGAUUCGGUGCAGACGUAAUACAAAUAUAUCGGUGUGGUUUCGAUUCAAAAAAGUUGAGUGUUGAGAAG